AUGGACCAGCACAUCUGGUUGCCCUUUCUUUCCUUUCUGCUUUUUCUCGGUGCUCACUCUCACAAACCGGUCGCGCGCCUUCUCCGCAGCUUCGCCUCCUGGCCUGGCACGCAGCGGGCGCCGGGUGAGUCGCGAGGCCGGCGGCCCGGAGCACUUCCGCCCCCGGGGCUGCCACGCCGCCCGGCUGGGGGUGGGGCCGGGUGGAGGCGGGCCGGGGGCCGGGGCCGGGCUCGGGGCCGGGGCAGCCCAGCACAGCUCCCGGGGAGCGGCGGAGGCCAGCGCGGGGAAGCCAGGCCUCGGCCGGCACUGCCUUCGAGGAGGAGCCCGGGUGGCCCAGCGGCCCGCGCGUCCUUGGAGGCCGAGGCCGAGGCCCCGCGCGCGCCGGCCGGCUGCAGAGUUGGCCGUUUCUUCCCGGGGACGAGCAGCGCCCGGGCCCGGAGCAGCGGGGCCGAUCGGCGAUCGCAGCGGCCCGGGGAGCCCGCGGAACCCCGGGGUAGGCGGCGAGCCGGGCGGGGCACUCAGGGCGGCGGCGGCGGCGGCGGCGGCGGGAGGAAGGAGGAGGAGACCGGGAGUCCGGAGCCGGGAGCCGAGGCCCGGCUGCGGGACGGCGCCGCCGCCCAGGACGGGGACACGGGGGCCGCGGGGCCGCCCGGGCGUGGCGCGCAUGGCGGGCCGGGCGCGCCGUCGGUGCCGGGGCCGGCGCCGUCGGGAGCUCGGGCCCCGCGGCCCCGGGCGGCCCCCGCGCGCUACUCGCUCAACCCGCGCGCCUUCUGGCCCCUGGUGAGCGGCCUGUGCGCCGCCCUGCUGUGCCUCGGCCUCGUCCUGCGGGAGGGCGGAGGGGGCGCCCGGGCCGAGCCCCCCGACGGCGCGGACGGCGGCUUCUCUGCGGCGCUGCCCGCGGCCUCGCUGCUCCUGCUGGGAUACGUCCUCCUGCGCUGCCGCCGCGCCGUCCGCCAGCGCCUGCUGCCCGGCCCGGCCCGCCCGGGGGGCGCCUCCGCCCUGCCCGCCGCCGGCCCCCGACAGCCAGGCCUGGACGUCCUGCUGGAGAGUUUCUACGAGCACGAGGUGCGCCUGUCGCCGCACGUGCUGGGCCACAGCAAGGCGCACGUGAGUCGGAUCGUGGGUGAACUGGUGCGGGCUGGCUGCAUCCGAGGCUCCCCGGCGCCCCUGCCCGGGGGGGCGCUGGCCCUGGCUUUCCGCGGGGACUUCAUCCAGGUGGGCAGCGCCUACGAGCAGCACAAGAUCCGCCGGCCCGACAGCUUCGACGUGCUGGUGCCGCUGCGUCUGCCGCCCCCGGUGGCGCUGGAGCCGCGGAGCCUGGGCGCCGAGCCCGCAGCGCUGGUGCCGGCCUCGGGCGGCUGCUUCGUGGGCGCCCUGAAGGCGCCGCCCUCGCCGUCGGGGGGCCGCUGGCCCCGCGACUGCAAGCCCUUCGCCGAGGGCUUCUGCGUGGACGCGGGCGGGCGGCGGCUGCUGUCGGCCUGGCUGGUGCUGCGCUGGUUCCAGGCGCACCUGCAGCGCUGCCUGGCGGCCGUGCGCUACAGCCUGGAGGGGCGCUGCCGGGUCAGCCUGACCCCGGGGGGCCUGGAGCAGCCCCCCACCCUGCACGUCCUGCCCUGCCGCACCGACUACGGCUGCUGCCGCCUCUCCAUGGCCGUGCGGCUCAUCCCCGCCGUGCACGUGGGCGACGGGGUCUUCCUCGUGGCCCCCGCCCCGCCGCCCUCGGCCCUGGGAGCUCCGGCCGGGCUCCCCCCGGGCCUGCUGUGGGGCGUGAACACGUCUCGCCAGGAGCAGAAGCUGCUAGGCUGGCUUCAGGAACGGGCGGCCCCGGGUGCCUGCUACCUCAAGGGCCUGCAGCUGCUCAAAGCCCUGCGCGACCUGGGCGGGCGCGGGCUGGACCCGCCGGCCGCCGCGCAGUGGGGCCGCAUCCUGUCCUCCUACGUGCUCAAGACGGCGCUGCUGAGCCGGGCGCUGACGGCGGACGGGGCCCCCGCGCCGGGCUGGGACGAGGCGCACCUGCGCGAGCGCCUGGAGGAGCUGGUGCGCUUCCUGCGGGACUGCCUGCUGCGGAGGCGCACGCUCUUCCACUGCGUGCUGCGCCCCGGCGGGGCGGCCGCCGACCUGGGCCCGCUGCCCAAGGCCCUGCGCGAGGCCCCGCCCGUGGACCUCCUGGCGGCCUUCGACGGCCGCGCCCGGGAGCGAGCGGCGGCGAGGCUGCUGACCACGUGGCAGAGGCUCCCCCAGCUCCUCCGGGCCUACGGGGGGCCCCGCUACCUUGCCAGGUGCCCCCCAGCCUGCCGGAGCCAGCGCACCCAGGGCUUCCCUGAGGAUGGACCGGGAACCCCAACUGCGCCUUCUCCCGGGUCGGGGAGCCAGCACAAGGCGGAAUGACCCCCCCACCCCGGAGGCCUUGGGGGAGAAAAGGCUUCCCAUCCUGUCCUCCCCUCCUGUCCUGGCUGCCACGCCCAGAUCCCACGCGGGGACGCUUUCUUCUGACUCGCUACGGUUUCCCCGGUAAACUGGGCUGUGCAGGCUGGGCUGCGGCCUUGCCCGUCCAGAGGACGAGCUGCCCGGACUCCGGUACAACCCUGCGUCCGGCGGCAGAGACGACAGGACCGGCCAGGCCCCCCGGGAGAGGCCGGCCUCGCCAGCUGCCUUCGCCCUGCGCCUUCCACUCGCAUCUCUCCGCCCCCCCCCCCCCCCGCUCUGCCCCCAACGCUUGGGAACAGAUGAUGUGUUUUGUCUGGCAUGCCUAUUUGGGAGAGACUGUAUUCCAAACGGAGUCUUCGGGCACCGUUGGGAACUGAGUUCUAUUCCAGCAGAGAACGUUGAUGUUCCCGUUUCACAUUCCAGUCAGGGUCUCUUGUUCAAAUAGUGCAAUGACGGGCAUGGGUUGCGGGGGGGGGGGGGGAGUGACCCUACUUGUUGAGAGAC